AUGGCCGAGGCUGAUGAACACGGUGUGGCUUCAAUGCUAGACUUGAAGCUAUCUGUGGAGGAGCAAGACGUGAACAACCCUCAGAACUGGUCACUGUCCGCCAGGCUAUCUACCUAUCUCACUAUUUGCUCCUUCACCUUUUUGGCAAACGUCAAUUCCAGCAAUUUCGCAGUUGCGACGCAGGCCAUCAUUAAGGAGUUUAAGGUCAGCCAAACCCAGGCUGGUCAACUAGUCUGCUUCAAUGUCUUCAUGUUCGGCGUCGGAAAUGUCUUUUGGGUACCCCUCAUGCGGGUGAUUGGGAAACGCCCCGUCUAUCUUCUGGCAAUGGUUGGACUUUGCAUGAUGAAUGUCUGGUCAAGCAAGGCUACGACUUAUGGUGAGCUGCUCGCUGCCCGCAUAUGUUCGGGAUUUGCUGCUGCCGCUGCCGACGCCACCGUACCUGCCGUGGUCGCAGAUAUGAUCCCUGCAGAGGAUCGCGGUCAUUACAUGAUGAUUUUCCAUCUGGCGCUGACCGGUGGUUUAUUUGUUGGGCCUUUGAUCAAUGCAUACCUCAUUCAGGAGGAGAACUGGCGCUGGAUGUGCUAUUUCCUGGCAAUUGCCGUCGGGCUUGUCUUUGUGGUUGCUGUUUUUACUAUUCGAGAAACCUCGUACAUCAAGAGGUAUAACACAGAGCCUUCGCGUAAGCGAUCCCACUGGGAGUGGAUGUCUCUGACUCUUGGCUUCAAUCGAGAUGCCUCUUUUCUCCGGGCCUUCUUGGAUAUUCUUGGCAACGCGACAUAUCCUCCUUUAAUUUGGUGUUCAAUUACCAUUGGCAUCUCUGUUGGCUGGAACAUUGUUGUGCAGCUAACUUCCACCCGCACAUUCACGAAGCCCCCUUACAAUUGGACCUCCGGAGAUAUCGGCUUACUCAGUUUAUCUGGCUUCAUCGGGUGUUUAUUUGCCUUCUAUCUUGGCGGACGGUUGAUCGACGUGAUCUCAAGUCGAAGCACAGCUCGACACGGUGGUCCUCGACUACCGGAGUACCGACUCCCUGCUAUAAUCAUUCCAGGAACCAUCGGCCCGGCAGGAAUCUUGAUCUUUGGUCUUUGCGUGGCACACAAAACGCAUUGGAUUGGUCCUGCGUUCGGAUAUGCGAUGCAGGCUUUUGGCGUCGCUGCUAUUUCCAACGUCGCAGUCACUUACUCAUUAGAGAUGUAUAAGCCGGUAACGGGCGAGGCCCUGGUCAGUAUUUUCGUCAUCCGGAAUACCAUCGGUAUGCUUCUCUCCCUGUACGCAGCGGACUGGAUUGAGCGACAAGGCACGGCGCCGGUGUUUGGUGAAAUGACCGCCAUCCAGGUUGUCAGUAUCCUGUGCGCGAUCCCCUUGUACUUCUGUGGAAAGUCACUCCGGGCAUUCACGUCGAGUUAUGGCCCCAUGAAGCGGUUCCGGGACAUGUAA